AUGGUUAUAGAUUAUCGGCGAUUAAAUGAGAAUACAAUAGACGAUAAAUACCCGUUACCUAAUAUAACUGACCAUUUUGAUAAGUUAGGCAAAUCUGUAUAUUUUAGUACCCUUGACCUGGCAAGUGGCUACCACCAAUUAGAAGUUAAUGAAGCUGAUAGGCCAAAGACAGCUUUCACACUCAAUCCGGUCACUAUGAAUUCAAACGCAUGCCGUUUGGAUUAA